AUGUCUACCCUACCCGAAGGCAUCUGCAAACAACUUUUCGCGUGCUUCAUAGUGUCCAUGCCACUGUUGAUGGCCGGUACAACGCUGGGAUGGUCGUCGCCGAUGAUGGAAUACACGCUGAAAGGCACGGCACCGGUUCACCUGACUUCGGAACAAGAGUCGUGGAUGGUAACUCUGAUAGACGUCGGCAAUGUACUGUUGUCGUUACCGGCCGGUAUUAUGAUGGACAAAAUCGGGAGGAAAAUGUCCGUGUACUUGACGGUGCCGAUAACGCUGGCCGGCUGGAUACUGAUACUAGCCGCUCGGCAGCCCUGGCACUUGUACGCUGCCCGAUUUUUGCACGGCAGCGCCAUGGCGAUCUCGUUGAUCGUGUCCCCGUCGUACGUGGGAGAGAUGGCCAGCAUAUCCGUCAGGGGAUCGUUGGCCCUGGUGGUCGAGCUGACUUACGCUUCCGGUCUGCUGCUGGCCUACGUGGUCGGAUGGCUCGCCAGCUACGAGACUCUGGCCAUCGUCGGCGCGGUCAUACCGGUCAUCACGGGCGUGCUGAUGGUGGCCAUACCGGAAUCGCCGUACUACCUCAUGAUGGUGGGAAAACCGGAAGAGGCGGCCCGGUCGUUGAGGAAGCUGAGGAAUUGUGGCGACGAAGAGUUCGAGGAAGAGCUCGAGAUCGUCAGACUGUCCGUCACCGAAGAAAAGUGCAAGGGACAGCUGACGGACCUGCUACACAGGGAUCGGGCCCCGUUGAUUAUCGUGCUCACGUUGGCUGCCCUGCAGAUGGCGUGCGGCGCGAGCGUGAUGGAAGCGUACGCGUCGUCCGUGCUGUACGGCACAGGGCUGUCGCCGAACGCCAGCGCCGUGAUAUUCGGUCUGUUCAUAGUGGUGGCGUGCGUGCCGUUCGCACUCACUGUGGACAAGUACGGCCGGCGGCCGCUGUUCAUGGCAUCGUGUGUGGGCACCACUCUGUGCCACGUGUUUAUAGCCGCGUUGCUGUCAGGGGACGAUGGCGGCAGCGUCGGCGUCGGGCCCACGGCCGACAUGGACGGUUGGCUGCUGUUGGCCAGCGUGUGCGGCGCAGAAUUCUUCAUCAACAUCGGACUCAUGCCCGUGCUGUCCGUCAUCCAGUGCGAGUACUUUCCAUCGGACACCCGUGGCCUCGCCAACUCGGCGGUGGUGUUCACCAUCACGUUCACGUCCACCAUCAUGCUGAAGAUCUACCAGCCGGUGACUGACGCAUACGGCAAGCGCGCCAACUUCAUCGGGUACGCGGUGAUCACCUUCUUUGGCGGCCUCUUCUGCUACUUUUGCGUGCCUGAGACUAAGGGCAAAUCGUUCCUGCAGAUCCAAACGGACUUCGAAACGUACGCUUGGCGCAACGGCAAGACCCGCCGGCGGAACUACGAGCGGCUCUGA